AUGGCCUACGGAAUCCCCAGUCCCGGCGAGACAUCGUUGCUUGUGGCUUUAUUGACGGAGCUGGAGCUCGCCGAUGAGGCUCUUCUCCUCCAACGCCUCCAUGAAACCUGCCCGGAAGACUAUUCAGUGCAACUCUGGCAUCCCCCCAAAGUCGGCCUCCCGCAACCUAUAUCGAAGAGAAGAGACCGCCGGGAUAGCAAAGCCAACAUUUAUGGCCUCGCAGUCCUGGCGCACCGCGCCGGACGAGCUAGCUUUUACGUUGUUGAUCGACUAACCAAGCGUCAACUGCAGGGCGAUCCUCGGCCCGGAGAAGACCCGUCCAUAUCGAUGGUGAUGGUUUCCGUCAGAUCGUCUCUACACGAAUGCGAACCACUGCGGGUGAUUGCCAAGCGCCAUACGCUCGACCAGGACGGAGGACAACGCUUGCCGAAUCUUCUGAGCACCUUCGAGCUUUCAUACCAGUUUCUUGGCGGGGCAAGCAUAGAUAUUACUACCCGACUGUCCGAGUACGGGCUUGAGCUUCACGAUCCAGACCAUGCAGUCUUCACGCGGGACACUGUCUCUGCGACGGGUCGGGAGGAGUUCGAAUGCGCUAUCAAAGCAGCGUUGUCAGAGUCCACGCCUCUACCCACUGAACUGAUUGCGAGUAUCGUCUCAACCAUGGACCACCGAACGCAGAUUGAACCGGUUUCCUCACCAACGCAGAGUGACGCCUUGACUCUCUUCCUAACAUUUCCCACCGAGGAAGAUGAGCGCAACGCAAUGCGAGCAGUGAUGGAGCGUGAACUACAGCUGUUGGGAUUUCAACCCUUACAAAGGAGUAAGGAAGAUGACACAGUACAUCAUCUUGCUGUGCAGUUGGUUCCAUGGGAGUACAGUCAUCCAGCAACCCGGCGUGACCUCGAGAAUCAUUGGCAAGAAAUACACGAGCCCACUCUCUGUCCAUUGAACUACCUCCUGGCGCCGUUAGAGACCACCCGCAAGAGCCAUGUUCUCGAAAAAGCGCAACUGGGGUCAAUAUACCACAGCAAUGAUGGUUUCAUCCUCAUGGCUCGCAACUCCCUGGCGCAGAUGGCGGCAGCAAGACUGAAUCGCACCGAACUACCGCCUGGGAAAUUCGCGCAACUUCAAAAUGAAUGGCACGAGAACCAACGUCUAGACCCGGCUAUGGUAGAGUUCUUAAUUGGACCCGAUGACCCUUUCUAUAACAACCCUCCAUCUUGGGCGCCGGUGAAUGGUGAAGGGUUGGUGUCGAUUUCGGUGUUCUAUUUGACCAACAAACUUUCCAAAGAGCAGACACAGGCCCUCCGUGCCGAGUUCUACGAAGGAAAUGGGGACCUUGAUGGUCUGCAAAAAGCGUGCUGCUAUGUCGCAUGGGCAGAUGGCGAUCCGGAUGCGCCUGAUGGCACAGUGGAUGAUAUCUGGCGAAUUUUCUGGGAUUUGCGACGACAUACAUCUUGUGAAAUGCCUAUUUUCUUUGUCGACGAACAGUCUGGAGUGAACCAGACCGUCAUCAUGGUGGACUGUGAUCAUUUCUUCUGGGCGUCGGACAACGAGCAGGCAAAUCGGCUUCUUCAGGACGUCGAAGAUCCGUCGACCAAAGGCAUCCUCUGUGGUCGCUUGAAGGGGCGGAAAGCACAUGAUGCAUUCUGCAAUCUGAGUAUUGGCAAUAUGAAUUUUGAAGAAUUUCUGGAAUCUUUUGGUCAAGGCGAGGAGCACCACUAUCCCCGUCCGGGCUGGCCUGGCCAUGGCAUUUUGGAGGACGAGGAUUGA